UGCGCGUGCUUCCGGUGGAGGAGAAUCUCUGUCCUCUUCUGGUUGUAAACACAUCGCUUGAGUGGUGGCGUCUCUGACAGUCACAACAAAUUCAAAACAACUCGUCUUUCUUUUUUGAAAAACCUUUUUUUUUUCGCACACAGCGUAUCGAUAAGAAUGAAGAAGUUUUUCGACGACAUUAAGAAGGAUAUAAAAUUCAAGUCCGCAGGGCCAGGAAAUAAACUGACAGAAGACAGCAGCUCUAAACCUCAAGCCCCACAGGUUCCUCGCGGAGCGCCCAGAAAAGCACCCACUGAUGGCGCGCACAGAGCAGGGGCCGCGGCCCUCGCCAGGAUCGAGCAAGAGCAACAGCACCGGCCGAAGGUGCAGACGUCCCACGAUGCCAUAAGGAAUCAGGUGAAGCGAGAACUUGAAGCAGAGGCGGCUGCCACAGCAGCCAGUCUGAAGAACACUGAUGUCGAGGGGGCCUGUGUUUCACAAAAGGAUCCAUCCUGUUUCUCAGUGCCGGGUGUUUUCUUCAUCUGUCCUCUCACUGGAAAAACCUUAACAAAGACUGAAAAAGAGAUGCACAUAAAGGAAGCCAUUCUAAUGAGGUUCUCAGAGGAUGCGAUAGAGGCCUCCAUUAUGAUGAUUCACACCUUUAAUAAAGACAAAGAGAAAGUAAAGGCUGCCGUUGACAUCAUUAGCAAGUACAUCGAAAACAUCUGUAAGAAUCCGACUGAGGAAAAGUACAGGAAGAUCAAACUUAGCAACAAAGUGUUUCAGGAGAAGGUCAGUGGGAUUGAAGGAUCUCGCGAGUAUCUUCAGGCGUUGGGAUUUGAACGCACCACUCUGCCGGUGGACGGCGAAGACAGGACUGAGGAGUUCCUGGUGCUGCUGGCGCAGGAAUCAGAAACUCUGGAGCAGAUGAAGGCUCAUGUGGAGCAGCUGCAGAAGGGCGAGCCGCUCAGAGCGAAGCUGGACCGUCAGCCGCAGGUCUUCAGACCCUCACAGCACGCCACAGACUUCCAGCUUCCUCCAGACUUCUACAAUCUGACCGCGGAGGAACUGAAAAGAGAACAGCAACAAAAGAGUGAAGUCGUGGAGAGAAAUGCAAUGCUGCGAACGAAAGCCAUGCGUGAGAAAGAUGAGGAGAGGGAGAGAAGAAAGCACAACUAUGCGCUUCUGAGAGUGCGCUUACCGGAUGGAAAUAUACUCCAGGGCACUUUCCUGGCAUGGGAGAGGGUGGCAGCGUUGUACCAGUUUGUGCGUGAUUCUCUGGAGAACGGCUGGCAACCCUUUGAUCUGAUGGCACCCGGAGGACAAAAACUAAAGGAUGAUGAGGAAUUGGCUCUGAAUGAGUGCAACCUGGCCCCAGCAGCUCUGCUGAACUUCUCAUGGGACGCCGCAGUGCAGGCAGACAUCGCUGCCGCUGGAGGAAAGACAGCUGUUCUGCUUAAAGCUGCACUGUUAGAGAACAUCAAGACCCUGAGCUGAACAUGCAGUGUCCCCAGUCACUGCUGUCCCCACCUGUGCUCUCUCGCGAGUUACUCUCCCAUUGUCCACCACCAGAGUCCCACACGGUUUCACAGGAUGGGCCUGAUGCAUUGAUUGUGUCCUCAGCUUGUGUGCUAGGUGGGAUCAUAUGGUGCUAAACGCAAGAGUUUUUCCUGUCAGUGAUGUUAUGAGAAGCGUUAGCACCUUAUGGGCCAAUUUCAAGCAGUCCUAUUAUAAUGUAUUGUUGUUUGAAGUAGCAUGACCAGUCAUUAUAUGAUGAGGGAAGACGGUCAGUUCGAUUGGAAAUGGUCUGUGAGAAGAUCUGUUGUAAUAUAAAGCACUUUUAGCUACUGCUGAAAGAGAGGAAUCUUGAUGUACCAUGAAAUCUCACUGUGGCAACUGAUCUAACAUGAGCUCUACCAAGUUUUCUUUUGUUGUAUUAAUGUUCUGUUUCCUGCUUAACAUAAAUGAAUCUACGCUACUUAAAUUAGACAAAAAGCUCUGGUCUCCAGCAACAAUCUACCUCCUAAUGCAGAUAAAUGUCCACUUGUUACCAUGUCAUUUAUUGAUUAAGCCCAAAGUAUACUUACGUUUUUAUGCAUAAAGCACACGCAGCAUAAGUUUCAUCCAGAUUUUCCCUCUAAAAUCGAACAA